CGACUCCCCGACGUCUAAGAUCUGUUCACUAGCUACUAGCAUCAUGUCAUCAACAAGGAAGCUCGUUACCAACUUAUCAUCUCGCUCGCCAGUCCGGCUGGUCCUCUUUGACGCGUUCGAUACCCUGAUCACACCACGCUUGCCAAUACAUGUCCAGUAUGCAGAAGAAGCCACUCGAGCGGGUCUGAAAGUUGAUGCGGAUGAUGUUCGGAGAGCGUUUAAACCCGCCUUUAAAGCCCUCUCCAUAACCCAUCCUCAAAACCCUCAAAAUUCAAGCUCAAACCCCACGGGCCCGAACACAACAACAACGACAAUAAGGCCUCCUCCGCUGGACCCGACGAGGUGGUGGACGUUAUUGAUCGAAGGAUGUAUGCGCGGGGCUGGGGUUCCUGAUGCCGAGCUGAAAAAAGCACUCCCAACCCUAGCUCCAGCUCUGAUCAAGCGUUUCGAAAGCCGGGAAGGGUAUCGGGUAUUUGACGAUGUUGAGGGUUGUUUGAAAAGGCUAAGAGAGUUGAGGGUACCUACGGGGCUGGUCUCUAACGCGGAUGAUCGGAUUCAGACUAUCACGGCGCCCUCACAGCGAACCUCGAAGCCCGACUCCUACGCCGCCCAGGCGGAUGGUCCGAAGGCGCUAAACGGGAAUCGGAAGAUGUCGAGCAACUGGAGAUGAAGGGCGUGAGGGUGAUCAGGAGUUUGAGGGAGGUUGUUGAGGAGGUCGAGAGGCGGAGUUUGGGUCGAGGUUGAGUUUGAGUCUAGUGGGAGAUGGGUUUGGAGAGAUGUAGAUG